CUGUGGGCGGGGGAGGCGGCGGGCGCAAUCAGCCCCGCGGAGCUGCUGUCGAGCGUGCACAAGCACGUGCCGCACUUCGCGGGGUUCGGGCAGCACGACUCGCAGGAGUUUCUGCGGUCGCUGGUGGAUAAACUGGACGAGGAGACGAGGGGGCAGAGCGAGCUCCCAAAAUGUCACAGCCUGCCCGAAAACCUCGACCAGCUGCCCGAAGCGGAGCAAGCGGACGCCCUCUGGCGGCAGCACUGCGUGCGGUUCGCCAGCCCCAUCCAGCAGAUAUUUUGCGGGCAGCUGCAGAGCACGAUCGAGUGCCAGACCUGCCACCACCGCUCGCACUGCUUCGACCCCUUUUUGGACCUGUCUGUGCCCAUCCCCCGCCGCCGCUUCUUCUCCUUCCGCGCGCCCUCCAUCCGCGACUGCCUGGGGGAACUCCUGGCGGAAGAAACGCUGCAGGGAGACAAUGCGUACUCAUGCUCGCACUGCAAGAAGCCGAGCAAGGCCGUGAGACGACUGUCCGUCGUGCGCUUCCCCUCCAUCCUCGUUAUACACAUCAAGAGAGUAGCCUCGUCAGCGAUCUCCCUCUUUCAAAAGGACUCCACCUUUGUCUCCUGUGACCUACACAGCCUUGACCUCUCAAAAUUCCAAAGUGUUUCACACCCUGCCUCUCCUCUCCCGCUUCCCACUCCUCCCUCCCAUCAUCCCAACAGCUCACUUUCUCGAGAGCAUCCCUCCACAGAGCCUGUCAGUCCUUCCAGCCCCGAGAGCACAAGUUACCCCACCAGUCCCAGCGGAUCAGCCCCAGUGUACGAUCUAUACGCCGUGACAAACCACAUGGGGUCGCUCUCCUCGGGGCACUACACAGCGCACUGCCGUAACCCUGCGGACGGGCAGUGGUAUCUGUUUAAUGACAGCGGUGUGUCGCCCAUUGCUGCUUCUGCUGUUAUCUCGUCGUCGGCUUAUGUUCUGUUCUACCAGCUCAGACGCGAUCCUGAGGGUUUCUGA